ACAAUUCUUCUGUGUUUAUUACAUUUUAGAUCUAACAUUACUCCCACCACCUAUACACACACAUAUACACACAACCAGCUGGACAAAACAAAUUCGAUUAAUCAAUUAACAAGUUUGGGGAUAUGUAUCGUGCUUCGAUCGCAAAACGGCGUCGUUAAUCUCACUGGUUCGCUCCGGUCAGAGCCAAAAAUCUAGGGUUUUUGCUAUGGCCGAUGCUCUCUCCGCUAUUCCCGCUUCUGUUCUUCGCAAUCUAGCGGAUAAAUUAUACGAAAAACGCAAAAAUGCUGCUCUUGAGGUGGAAGGAGUUGUUAAGCAGCUGACAGCUGUUGGUGAUCAUGAUAAGAUUACGGCGGUGAUUAAUUUGUUGACUAAUGAGUUUACGUACUCGUCUCAGGCGAAUCAUCGUAAAGGAGGGUUGAUUGGAUUGGCUGCUGCAACUGUUGGUUUGACGAGUGAAGCUUCACAGCAUCUCGAGCAAAUUGUACCACCGGUGAUUAAUUCUUUCUCUGACCAAGAUAGUAGAGUUCGGUAUUAUGCGUGUGAAGCUCUAUACAACAUUGCCAAGGUUGUGAGAGGCGAUUUCAUCGUGUUCUUCAAUCAGAUCUUUGAUGCUCUAUGUAAACUUUCAGCAGAUUCAGAUGCCAACGUGCAGAGUGCUGCUCAUCUCUUAGAUAGGCUUGUAAAGGACAUUGUCACAGAGAGUGACCAAUUCAGCAUCGAAGAAUUUAUACCAUUAUUGAGGGAGCGCAUGAACAUCCUUAAUCCCUAUGUCCGCCAAUUCUUGGUAGGAUGGAUCACUGUAUUGGACAGUGUUCCCGAUAUUGAUAUGCUGGGUUUUCUUCCUGAUUUUCUCGAUGGCUUAUUUAAUAUGUUAAGUGAUUCUAGCCAUGAAAUUCGACAACAAGCCGAUUCUGCAUUAUCAGAAUUUCUUCAAGAGAUAAAAAAUUCCCCAUCGGUAGAUUAUGGUCGCAUGGCUGAAAUACUUGUUCAGAGGGCAGCUUCACCGGAUGAAUUUACUAGAUUGACUGCUCUUACUUGGAUCAAUGAGUUUGUGAAACUUGGUGGGGACCAGCUUGUUCCAUACUAUGCAGAUAUUUUAGGUGCCAUUUUGCCUUGCAUAGCUGACAAAGAAGAGAAAAUACGAGUUGUCGCUUGCGAAACUAAUGAAGAACUUCGUAGUAUGGAGGCUGAUCCAGCUGAAGGAUUUGAUGUUGGUGCAAUCUUGUCUAUUGCAAGGAGCCAGCUGUCUAGUGAAUGGGAGGCUACUCGUAUUGAAGCGUUACACUGGAUGUCGGCUUUGUUAAAUAGACAUCGUGAUGAGGUUCUAAAUUUCCUGAAUGAUGUUUUUGACACACUGCUGAAGGCACUAUCAGACCCGUCUGAUAAGGUAGUGCUCCUGGUACUUGAGGUGCAUGCAGGCAUAGCUAAAGACUCGAUGCAUUUUCGGCAUCUUGUUGUCUUUUUGGUCCAUAAUUUUCGUAUCGACAACUCUUUGCUAGAGAAACGUGGUGCUUUGAUUAUCCGCCGACUUUGUGUACUAUUGGAUGCUGAAAGAGUUUACCGUGAGCUCUCUACUAUACUUGAGGGUGAAUCUGACCUGGAAUUUGCUUCUAUUAUGGUUCAGGCUUUGAACUUAAUUUUGCUUACUUCGUCUGAGUUGUCUGACCUUCGAGAUUUACUUAGAAAAUCCUUAGUGAAUGCGGCUGGGAAAGACUUAUUUCUUGCCUUGUAUGCUUCAUGGUGCCAUUCACCCAUGGCAAUAAUUAGUCUUUGUUUAUUAUCUCAGGCUUAUCAGCAUGUAAGUUCUGUCAUUCAGUUUCUGGCUGAAAGGGAUGUCAGUGUCAAGUUCUUGGUUCAGCUGGACAAAUUAGUAAACCUAUUGGAGACCCCAAUAUUUGCAUAUCUUAGGUUACAGCUGCUGGAACCUGGAAGACAUGUAUGGCUUUUAAAAGCGUUGUAUAGUCUUCUUAUGCUAUUACCUCAGCAAAGUGCAGCCUUCAAAGUUCUACGGACUCGAUUGAAAACAGUGCCAUCAUACUCUUUCAGUGGGGAGAAAAUUAACAGAUCAUCAUCAGGAAAUCCUUACUCACAAAAAUAUUACAUUACCAGCGAAGAUCAUGUAUCUGAGGAUGGUGACCUGAAUGAAGAUGCACAGAGUAUGCAUAGUGGAAUGAAUUUCCCGUCAAGGUUACAGCAGUUUAAGCAAAUGCAGGAUCAGCAUCGUAUGCAUGCGAAAUCUCAAGCAAAGGCCCGCCACAACUCCAUGUCAUCUAAGGAUGUACAAAGAACAGAAGAACCUAUACAACCUUCUACAGCGCCAGAAAUCAAUAGGCCUUCAAGACCAGCUCGCAGAGGUCCAGGGCAGCGACAGCUUUGAUGCUUAUUUCCCCCGUCAUGGAAAGAAAGCUACUUCUGUAAGACUGCUGAUGCAGUAUCGAAUGUUCUAGACGUGGAUGUGGAUAGUUCUGGUAUAAAAUGUAAAUUGUAUAUCAUAGCAGUGUUUUUUUAGUUUUACUUCCUACAAAGGUCAGGAUUAUGGGUCAAUGAUUUUGAUUAAGCUUUUGGGUGGUCUUAAGCUAUUCUUUUUUCCCCUUGUGAACGAGGUAUAUGCUCAUGUGGUUCUGUUAUUUUUAUUGGAAAACCAUAUGAGCUAGAGGUAGAUAUUUAAAUUAUAAAGUGCACAGUUUGUUUCAA